AAAGAGCACAACAAGCAAUGAAUAAACUCUCAGCCAAGAUAUCUCCUACCUCCGGACCCCUACCCAUCACACUUCACCUGCCUACACCAGCAAGUGAGAAGGAUCCUCAGGAACAGAAUUUAAUUCAGGAUGAAUCUGAUGCAGAAAGACCAUCUAAACAUUGCUGCACUCGCUGGCCUUUCCGAGCUGUGCGGAGGGUCACAUGUGGGCUCAUUUUAGGGGCUUGUGUGGCUGUUUCCUGGGCCUGGGGUACUCAUAGUGCUAAAGAAACUCUGAUAAGACAUCCCACCCCAUUCUUUAUCAUCUGGUUCUGCAGCAUCUGGAACAUUCUCUUUUUUCCCUUCUACUAUCUGUGUCAUCUUCUCACAGAGAAACAGAAGCAGUUGCCAACCACCGAGUUCAGAAAAUGUAGUCAGUUCCUGGGUGAAGAACUGACCGUAAGGAUUGUUCUGAAAGGAGCAGCUCCAUUCUCAGUGCUAUGGAGUUUAUCUGGUUAUCUGUACUUAUUGGCGCUUUGCCGCAUCUCCAAAGUGGACGUAAGUGCCGUCGUCUGCUGCAGCCAAGCUUUUACAUUCCUCCUUUCAUGGAUUGGACUCAAGGACCGCUUCAUGGGUGUCAGGGUAGUAGCUGCCAUCCUGUCCAUCACUGGCAUUGUUAUGUUGGCCUAUGGGGAUGGUUUUCAUAGUGACUCAAUCACAGGAGUGGCACUGGGAGUUGGCUCAGCUUCAACUUCUGCUUUAUUCAAGGUGCUUUUCAGAAAGCGUGUAGGGAAUGUCCAUCCAGGCCCUGCCAGUGUGUUACUAUCCUGUGCGGGUCUGUGUAGCUUUGUCCUCCACUCCUGGGUGUGUGUAUUGCUUUAUUUCACACAUGUGGAAUACUGGCCUCCCUCUCAGCAAAUCCCCUGGGAUAAACUCUGUGUCAUGGCUUCUCUACUGCUUGUUUUCAAUGUGCUGGUAAAUGUAGGAGGAAUGUUUACAUACCCUAGUUUAAUUUCUCUGGGAAUUCUCUUGACCAUCCCAGCUAGCGCAGCUGUAGAUACAUUUGUGACCGUAACUCUGCACAUUAGCGAUGUGCGAGCAGCGGCAGCCAGCAUCAUCUCAGCAGGCUAUCUCAUGCUGCAGCUUCCAGAAAACUGGGAUGAGAGCACUUUGCGCUGGCUCAGCACACUGUGGCGUGGAAACUGGCGAGAGGACAGUGUCGUCGGAGAGGAGUCUGUAGUGGAACCUGCUGGCAUUGCACGAGCAAAACCCAAACCAGCCGUAGUGGCGCUCAGCUGAGACUAUUAUCAGAACAAUUGAAUUUGAUUUGAGUGUUGGUGUGAUAACAUCAUAAAAUAUUUUGUGUCUGAUGUGUAAAUGCAAUUCUUCAAAUUGUAGUUCUGUUUUCAUGUGGAUUGGUAUUCAAAAUGUCUUUAGCUACUGAAACACCAGAUUCAGUGAUGGUGAUAUUAAGUAAGAUUAUAAUAAAAAUAAAAUGUUAACACUUUACAAUAAGUUAGGCUAACAUUAGGCUAACAUUACACUCUAUAUAGAACCAUAUAGAAUGCAUUAGCUAACGAUGAGCAAUACAUUUGUUACAGUAUUUAUUAAUCUUUGUUAACAUUAAUUCAUAAAAAUACACCUGUUCAUUGUUAGUUCAU